GCGACACAGCUCGCAGUUGCAUUGAGCGUGUGGUCAGUGGACACUAUUAUCAUCAGGCAGCAUGACAAUUAGAAACACUCUGCGGGAUCACGGGCAGAGAUAUCGGCCAAGGAUGGCGUGUCUUAAAAAGGCGGAAAAGGUACUGCUGGAGAUGCAGGAUCCCAAAUCGGGAGUGAAGUCUCAGCCGCAGCGACUGGUCAUCACCACCAUACCGCACGCUAUUACUGGUGAAGACAUAGUUGCGUGGCUGGCAGACAGAUUCCAAAUCGACUCCAGAGAGGCCAGAGGUUUGGGUUCCAUGCUGGUGGCAUUGGGCUUCGUGUACCCGCUGCAGGACCACAAGCGCUUGCUGCUGAAGCCCGACGCGUCACUCUACCGCUUCCAGACGCCAUACUUCUGGCCUGCCCAGCAGUGGCCCGUGGAGGAUACCGACUACGCAAUCUACUUGGCCAAAAGGAACAUACGCAAGAAGGGGAUCUUGGAGAUGCACGAGCAGGAGCAGUACAACCGCCUUCACAAGUGGAUGAAUCACAAGUGGGACUUCAUCGUGAUGCAGGCGAAAGAACAGUACAGAGCCGCCAAGGAGAGGAAGAAACCGGACCGCGUGGUGUUUGACUGUCAAGAGAGGGCCUACUGGGUGGUCCACAGACCCCCGCCUGGUACGGUUAGCGCCAUGGACUAUGGACUCGACCGGCGAAUCGAUCCAAACACAGAUGAGGUGAAAACGCCCGACUACUACGAGAGAAUUAUGAUCUUCACCCAGCAGUCCAUCAUGAGGCCCAGAGUCAAGUCGUCAGUGUCCAUUGGCGCGUUGGUGAAAUAUAGCGCAACCUACAACAGCCACGACCCGUUCCUCUCCAAAUGUCUUCCCAGCAACCCCUGGCACACGGACGAUGUUACGUACUGGACCUUGAACAUGCCCAAUGUGGAAACGCCCACCAAGAUGCGCGUGGAGCGCUGGACGUUCAGCUUCGGCGAGUUGCUCUCGGACCCUCGAGGGCGCGACGACUUCAGGCGUUUUCUGAAGAAAGAGUUCAGCGGUGAAAACUUGGCAUUCUGGGAAGGCUGCGAGGAUUUAAAGUGGGGCACGGCGGCGACCAUGCGGGAGAAGGCCGAGCAGAUCUAUAAGACUUUCCUGGCCCGCGGCGCCCCAAGGUGGAUCAACAUCGACGGGAAGACGAUGGAGAUCACAGUGAACGGCCUGAAGCAUCCCCAUCGAUACGUGCUGGAUGCCGCCCAGACCCACAUCUACAUGCUCAUGAAGAAAGACUCGUACGGCCGCUACAUGAAAUCUCAGGUGUUCAAAGACACGUUGAAGAAGGCCAUCUGCCCCGAGGAGCACAAGUUCACGGACGCCCAGUUAGAACAGAAUGCCAAGAACCGGCGGCCCAGCCUCAGUCCCAUCGUCCUCCGGCAGCGGGAGCUGGAGGAGCGAGCCAGGAUGGCCGCCAACGCACCUGUCGACAUCACGCAGUUGUGCCGCUUCACCACCCCGGUGCCGCACCUGGCGGUGUAUUCCGGCCUGGUCGACUCCCCCACCGCCAACGCCUCGUCCUCCCUGGCCGUCCUCGCCCCUUGCCCGUCCCCGGUCAGCGUAACCCCGGACAGCACCUCUGGCUCCGAGCGGAGGCCGGAAGCCGGGGGCAAGGCGGAGCAAGAUGGUGAGGCCUUGCGGGCACCCGGCUCGACGUGCAAGUCGAGGGUGGCUCUCUCGCUGCGGCGGCUGCUGAGGCGGGGCUGCGGGGUGGGCGGCGGCCCCUCCGCUGUCUUCGCCAGCCUGUCGCCCAAGUGCCACGCGGCCGCCGGGGCCAGUGGACGCAUUCGGCCAAUUAGUCCGGACGCCUCCAGCCAGGCCCCGCCUCGGAGGAUUGGCAACUUUUUCCAGAUCAAGGUGGACAUCCCCCCAGAGUGUCGGAUCUACCCCAUCGAAUCCGAGGAUGAAGACGAGGAGAACCGAGCCUCCUCCCAGGGAGCUUUGGGGGCCAAGGAGAUCAUUUGCCCCUGGGAGAGCCUCACCCCUCACAACGGGACUGGCUAAAAGAAACAAACCCCCAAAAAAAGAAAAGGUACCGAAAGGAUUUUUUUUUUCUUUCAGCCUUCUUUGUAACAUGCCACCCAAAAUGGGAUCAAACUUCCCAUAUCUGCCGUUUGAACGUCUGGACAGCUUUUCAAAGUGAAUUGUAGCGUUCACAUUCAAACCUCAUUCAGAGUAGCCCCACUGCAGCCUUAUUGAUGAUUCUACGCCUUAUUUAGUUUUUGCCUUACACCGACUAAUAAUGUCAAUUGAAAAACAAACAUACUGCAUGGAACAAGGAACUGAUAAAUCGCCAAAGAUGACAUUUGGACUGAGCCCUUUGGUGUUAAAUUUCUUUAUUUCCUAAUAUUGUUGCCGUCAAUUGAAAAACGUGUUUUCUUUUUAUAAGUAACUUUCAUCAAGUGUAUAUGGAGGGUGGUUCUGGAAUGUACACUUGGUACAUGGAGACGGGUUCUUGUGCACGUGGAGAAAUCGUUUUAGCAGCACCUCGUUUUGUAUGUGACGCUGUUUUUGUAUUAUAGCGAUGUUUCCGUGCUCGGCGUGAGCAACGCUUGUUUGAACACGUUUACAUAUUUCAGAAUGUGAAUUUUUAUGUACAAAUUGUGCUGGUGUUGGGCGGGCAGAUUCCACAUCUUGUGUCAAGUGCCUCAAUGAUGAGCACGCGAAUAAAUGACUCGUGUGUUAAGCUGA